GCUCCGCUACGUCACCGCCCGCGCCGGAAGGACGCCGCCCCGUAGAGCAGCGCGCACCGAUCCUAGUGAGGUGACGGAGCCCCUGGCAGUGGACAGCUUGUUGUUACGCAGGUAUUAAAGGAGCGUCGACAUUCACACACCUGCCGUCAUGGAUUCCGCAGGGCAAGACAUCAACCUGAACUCUCCCAACAAGGGCCCGCUUGCAGAUGUUGCACCGGAGCUGCCUGAGGAGGGCGCUGUCAAUACAGCUGAGUGCAGCUUGCCCCCAGGCCUUAGUGAGGAGGAGCAGGAGGAGCUGAAGUUGGAGCUCAGCAAGGUGGAGGAUGAGAUCCAGACCCUGCGGCAGGUGCUGUGUGCCAAGGAGCGGCACGCAGGGGAGCUGAAAAGGAGGCUAGGCCUCACGCCAUUGGAGGAGCUGCGGCAGAACUUGAACCGCGGCUGGCAGGACAUGCAGACAUCCACCGCCUAUGUGAGGACCACGGAGAAGCUAGGAGAGUGGAACGAGAAGAUGACCACCUCUGACCUGUACAAGAAAACUCAGGAAACCCUGUCGCAGGCCGGCCAGAAGACAUCAGCUGCGCUCUCCAAUAUGGGCACAGCCAUCAGUCGCAAGUUUGGAGACAUGAGUGGCACCCACUCCAUUCGCCACUCGAUAAGUAUGCCUGCGAUGAGGAACUCGCCCACGUUCAGGUCCUUUGAAGACCGAAUGGAGACCAUGAAGCAAAAGGUGGUUGGAGGGGCCGUGAAUGGUGAUGGAGCCACUUCUCCCGCUGAGAAGGGGGACCCCCAGGACAGCUUCCCCUGAUGACCCAGCCAGUGCUGCUGCCAGCGCCCACCCUCCCCAGCAACGUGGCCAGGAACCCGUGCCAUCGCUGGAGUAUCGACGCCCCUCGUCUGGAGACUCCCCCCACUCGCCAUCCCACCCCACUAUAGCCAGUCUGACCGCACUGUCCCCCCCCACCCGUGCACAUACCCAAACACUGACAACAAGCUUCACGUUAUCACUGGGCACUGCAAGCUGUGAACACAUGACAGCUCUUUGUAUUCUAAACUAUUUUACACUGCUUGUCUCCACUUUUCUAUACGGAUAUAAAUAAUGUUGCCAGCUGCUACCUUGGCGUGACUGGCAGGAGAAAACACUACCAAACGAAACGGCGUCCUGCAUCCUGAAAGUAGCCAAAAGCCCACAGGAAACGGAAUCGUGUCUAUUUAAUAGCUCAGUGCUCACUUUGCAUUUUCCAGCAUUCUCCUCAGGCCACUGACUCUACCGAUCAGAAUGUGAAACCAUGCUGUAUCCGGGUGAAUGUGGGGUCCACAGCCAAAUGUUGCCUUAUAUUUGUCAGGUUCAGUAUUGAAAAAAUAAAUGUAAAGGGGGGGGGGCAAAGCAGCUUCUGAAUAGUAUAGAUUUUCUUUUGGAGCAGAAACUUUUCGCCGUCAUGGGUUUAUUUUGCCUGUUUGUUUUUUUUAUCCUUUUUUUCUUGAACAGAUGGAGACGGUUACUCACUUGCGUUGUAUUCUUUGUAGCUUGCUUGCCGUGCCAUGCAUCCACACCACCAUUGUUGCUCAUGCAUCUUACGUGUCUGUGCUGUGUCAGUCGGGGAGGGGCGGGGGCUGUCCGUAUAUUCACAGAGACUUAAAAACUGUUGCGGUGUGUUAGGAUUCCAGGUCAAUUUCACUAAAGAGAAGCUCUCACUGUCAGUUAAGCAUUUGAUUGUUUUGCCGCAUUUUCUGUUGCCUUCUUUUAAGUUAGCGACGGCUAUUUACGGGGUGGUCCUGCGGAACUAUAAGGAUUUGUAGGUUGACAUGACACAGCUUAAAGCCUGCUGUCAGUAUAUACUUCUUUCUUUAUAGUACGCUGCCAUCCCCAGAGGUCUGCCACAUUUCAUAUAAUGUUUACUAGAUUGUGCCAGAACAAUGGAUACGAUGCUUAAGGCGCAUAAUACACGGUGGUGGGUAAAUAUAUAGUAAUGCAUUGAAACAGAACCUAAUUUUGUGUUUUCCAAUGCCAAGAAAGCAGAUAUGGCGGAUUAUUGAGUGCAACUAAGGGAUAACAUUUGCGUUUCGGAUGGAAUUUGUUAAAUGGUUUGUUAUAUUUUGGCAUAUAAAUAAAGUUUUCCUUUAGACGAA